GAAACUUCUGAUGAGUAGGUUUGUUUUGCAUUUGUCUCUUCUUUACUCAAAGGACUAGCAAACCCAACUGUCUAUGUUUUCUCACAUCUGACAGAAAUCAUUGUGAAAGUUUUUAUGUCAUUGCUCAACUUUAAUAACAUGAUUUCUCUGUGCUUUGUCUAAGAUGUUUUCCUUGCCACAAAAAUGAAUCAAAUUGUUGCAGGUGGCAGAUUAUGUGAUUAUGUAGUGCCAGAGGUUACAUGUGAAGGUCAAUUGGUUAUAUUUGCCAUUUUUCCUACUUUGGCAAGUAUUAAGCUAUCUAUCAUUCACUGUUUAGGUUAAUUUGAAAUUUUUGUACAGAAUUGUUAAAAAUGUGUAUUAAACCAACACCAAACCUGUUGCUGUCAACUGGAUCCCAACUCAUAUUGACCCUAUAAGGACAGAGUAAAACUGCACCAUAGUCUUUCCAAGGCUGUAAUCUUUACAGAAGCAGAGUGGUUUGUGGGUUUGAACCCACUGACCUUUUGGUUAGCAGCCGGGUGCUUAACCAUUGUGCCAACAUGGCUCCUUUAUAAUAGUUUAGUAGGAAAAAUAUUUUAUGUGAAGAAAAAUAAAUUGUACAUUUAUAAAACAAAUAUAUGAGUCAUAAUUUGAACUUUAAAACUUUUCUAAUAGGCUCUGUAAACUUAAUAGACCAGAAUUUCUCUCAAUUUAGGUAACAUUUUUUAAGGAUUUAAUAUUAUAAUGACUGUAGCCAAAAUCAUACAAAAGAAGUACAAAAUACAUUAUCAACACUCCUGCCAACUUUAAUAAAGAUAUAUCUUAUGUUAUCAAGUUGCAUUUCUGUUAACAUAAUUUUUACAUAUCAAGUCUAUAUAUAUAUCUUUUCAUUUCUCUUUUUAAUUCACCUUAGAAUGUUUUUUAAUAAUCCUAAAUAAAGCGUAUUUAUUAAAUAUAUGAAAGCUUUCUAAAUUUGGCAUUCUUGGAAUAACUAAUACCACAUUUUACUUAAUAAAGUUAAUAUUAAUUUCUUUGCAUAAAAUUGUCUUAUUGUAAUGUUUUUAAUGUAUUUAUGUAUAAUGUAUAUAAAAUGUAUUUGACAGGGAAAUUUUAUUCCUCCACCUUUUUUAAAAACAGACAUUACUUUCAGGAGUAUAUACAGAGUAGAAAAUCAAGUUAUUAUUCAUUAAUCAUUUAUAUUAUAUCAGGUAAUUUUACUCUAAAUUAAUAUAUUGAACACUUACUAGCAAUUAAGAGCUAUGCUAAACAUUGGGACAACAGUGUACUUGAAGAGUUCUCAGUAAAAAUAUGGCAAGAUGUGGAAUCAUCUUGCAGUUUGGCCUUUGUUCUUGAUUCCUUCGAGCCGGACCACACUUGAGGCUGCUCCGUCGGGGCUGACCAGACCAAGAGGGAACACAUGGGGGCCCAGUGUAGACCAGGCCUCAGGAGGCAUGAUGUAAUCCAUCAUGGUGAGGUGGUACGGCUGAUAAACGCCCUGAAGCCUGAGGCUCAGAGGAGGUUUCCUGGUUGCUGACCAUGCAUGGGAGAUGGUAGUGUGUCACUUUUUAGGACAUGGAAGCCACACACGGGCACCCCUCCCGGACCUUACCCUAUACAUCUCUGUUUGAACCCUUUUUUGGUUGUAAUAAAUCUGCAGCUGUAAGUAUGUUGUACUCUCCAUGAAUUCUUUCAGCUGUUUUCCAACAAAUUGAUGAAUGUUUGGGGGCGGUGAGAGCCAGCAGGGGCUGGAGGCUGCCUAUUUGGCAGUUUGAAAGAAGGUGUCCUUCUAAUGUGUGAGCUCUAACCUAUCUCUGUGUGGCUAGAGAGAAGGGCUGUAUGGACAGCUGAUCAGAAAAAAGUGUCUGCUUAACUUAUGAGCUCUGACCUAGCUUUGAGUUCCUAGGGUCAAAGAGAGAAUGCUUCUUGGGUGGCUGACGAUGGAAUGGAGAAGUGGAAAGCCCUGAGCCCUGCGAAAAGUGACAAAGUCAAGUUCUCUCUCUUUUCAGUUCUGUUCACAACAGGAGUUUCUCAAGGUUAGAGAGGAGUGUACUGCCAGCUGUCAUUUUGAUGCAUGCUAAAACCAUACUGACAGAUAAAAGAUAGUUGGCUGGGAAUUUGACAACUUUCUGGAAUUGAAGUAUGUCACAUAAUAGAAGGAAACAAAAAGCAAGAAGAAAAUGAAGCAAGGAAAGAUAUAAUUUCUUUUUAUCACAUUCUCAUCUACUAAGUUACUGAAUUUAAGAUAAAAAAACAAAGGAGCAGAAAUGCCACCAGCAGCAGGAGGGGCCCAACUUGACUAUACACCUCCUGAUGGAGGAUGGGGCUGGGUGGUUGUCGGAGCAUCUUUUAUCUCCAUUGGAUUUUCCUAUGCAUUCCCCAAAGCUGUCACAGUAUUCUUCAAAGAAAUUCAGGAAAUAUUCAACACUUCCUACAGCGAAAUAGCAUGGAUAUCGUCCAUCAUGCUGGCUGUUAUGUAUGCAGGAGGUCCCAUAAGUAGUGUUUUGGUGAAUAAAUAUGGCAGCCGUCCAGUGGUGAUAGCAGGAGGCUUAUUGUGCUGUUUGGGAAUGGUCUCUGCCUCUUUCAGUACCAAUGUUGUAGAGCUUUACCUCACUGUGGGAUUCAUUGGAGGUGUAGGUUUAGCCUUCAAUCUGCAGCCGGCCUUAACGAUAAUUGGCAAAUACUUCUUUAAGAAACGACCCAUGGCGAAUGGAUUGGCCAUGGCUGGAAGUCCUGUCUUCUUAAGUACAUUGGCUCCUUUCAAUCAGUUUCUUUUUAAUAAUUAUGGCUGGAAAGGAAGCUUCUUGAUUUUGGGGGCGAUAUUUUUGCACUCCUGUGUGGCUGGGAGCCUCAUGCGACCCAUUGGACCCAAACAAACUAAAAGCAAGUCUAAAACAAAAAUUGGCGUAAGAGUGAAUGAAUCAGGUCUGAAGAAAAGACCUAAGAAGAAAUCAGCUUGGGAAAGAAUGAAUAAGUAUUUAGAUUUCUCCCUUUUUAAGCAUAGGGGCUUUCUUAUAUACCUGUCUGGAAAUGUUAUCAUGUUUCUAGGAUUUUUUGCCCCUGUUAUAUUCUUGGCUCCAUAUGCUAAGGACAAGGGAAUUGAUGAGUAUUCUGCAGCUUUUUUGCUGUCUGUUAUGGCUUUUGUUGAUAUGUUUGCUAGGCCUUCUGUAGGAUUAAUUGCAAACUCUAAAUUUAUCCGACCCCGAAUCCAGUACUUCUUCAGUUUUGCAAUCAUGUUCAAUGGAAUCUGUCAUCUCCUGUGCCCACUGGCAGAAGACUACACAAGCCUGGUGGUAUAUGCUGUAUUCUUUGGCCUUGGAUUUGGGAGUGUUAGUGCUGUCCUCUUUGAAACUCUCAUGGACCUUGUUGGCGCUGCAAGGUUUUCCAGUGCUGUGGGACUUGUCACAGUUGUGGAAUGUUGCCCAGUUCUUCUUGGCCCUCCUCUUGCUGGUAAAUUGGUGGACGAAACUGGAGAAUACAAAAACAUGUACAUGGCCUGUGGUGCUAUUGUGGUCUUUUCAAGCCUGUGGUUGCUCAUUGGCAAUGCUAUAAACUAUAGAUUGCUUGAAAAGGAAAAGAAGUUGGAAGAAGCAAAGAAGAAGAAACUACGUAAACUUGAGUCCAAAGACUCUGAACCCUUGAAAAAAUUUAAUUCUCAUGAUGUUGAUGUCAUAAUUCCAAGAGCACAGGCUACUCCCUCAGAAAGAGAAACUAAUAUUUAACAAGAAUUACAUUUCUGAUUUCAGUGUUUUUUACUUUUCUUAGGAGUAUUUUUUUUUUUCAAAGUAUGAAAAGGUUUUUUAGUUGAAAUGAGGAGUUACAGUUAAGGGAGGAGAUGAGAUGUUCUUCAAUAGCAAAUUUUAUAUGUGUUUAUUAUUUAACACUUAUUUACUUGGGAAGAUAAAUUUUGAGAGUAUGCAUAUAAGAAAUCCAUGCAAUUAACUUACUUCCAUACAUGACUCUGGGUAUUAUGGUUAAAGUACUAAUUUUAAAGUCUUCCAGUGACAGAUAGGCUUGGUCAUAUGUAGAGAGAUCUGAAUCUUAAACCUCUGGUUUAAGUAGUUAGCUAGUUAGAGAGAAUAAGUAUAAUUCCAUAAGGCGAUUCUCUCUACAUUUCUUUUUUUUUUUUUUGGUAUUAAAGUAUAUACUCAAAUUGUGUGUACAUGCACGCAGAGUAUCAGCAGAACAAAGGACAAAAAUGUUCAAAAAGAAUAUUGUCUUGGAAUUUUUUUAAGUAAAAAAGCCCAUGGCAACUAAGGAAAUGUGUUAUAUCUGCUGGUUACAGUGUGGAUAUUAAAGAUAAGAACUUGGGUGAAAAUGAUGGUGGUCUUAAUUAGGAAAUGCAACUGACUACUCAAAAUAAGUGUUUGCACAUAUAAAAUAAAUUUGAAAGAGAAAAGAAGAAGAAAAAACCCCCUCCAUUUUAAACAAUUGUUUCUGAGUACUUUUAGCCUUCAUUAAUCCGCACACAUGAUAUUCUUUGAGGGGGUUCAUUAGUACCUGGAGCUAGUGAGUAGAACUUUGAAAUAAUUUCAGAAAUCUUAUCUAAUGUAAAUCAAGCUAAAAGUCUAAAUGACUCCUAUGAAUGAGCUGUGUCCAUUGAUUUUAAAACAAAUUUAGUUUGUAAUCCAGAAAGAAAGAACUGGGAAUUUCUUUUAAUCAAACCUCCACCUAGACUCACUGUCCUACUGAAACCUCAAGGUAGAAUAAGCCGGAAUCCUGGUUUACACAUAUACAAAUAGACUAAAUUCUAAUGUUUCCCAACACACAUAGAGGUGAUCAGAAGGUUACUGUUAGGAGUAAUCUGUCUGAGUGUAGCUGAUUAACAGUGGGAGGAAGUUUUAAUGAUCCCCAGAAGCUCUGUCAGCUCCCUGCCCUCCACAGAGUGCAAACACAAAAACCAGAAACCACAAACAGGCCUUUUACUCAAGCACUGAUAAUGCCUCAUAUUAUAGAGAUGGCAGCACUUGAAAAUUCUGCCCUCUACUGAUAAGACUUGCUGCCUGUAUCUGAAUGAAAAAAAAAUUAAUGAGGGGACUAUUAAAGAAGGCUUUUAGCCAUGUAGACUGUUAAGACUUGGAAAUGUAGGUAUAGUUUGUAAAACGAUAGCAAGAAGCUUGCCCUAUUGAAGCCCAGGUUAAGUUUGCAGGACCCCUGGCGGAGCAGUGGUUAAAGCACUCUGCUGCUAACUGAAAGGUCAGUGGUUCAAACCCACCAGCCACAGGACAAAGAUGUGGCAGCCUGCUUCCGUAAAGAUUACAGCCUUGGAAACUGUAUGGGGCAGUUCUACUCUGUGCUAUAGGGUUGCUCUGAGUUGGAAUCCACUCAAUGGCUGUGGGGUUUGGUUUUGGUUUAAAUUAGCUGUUCUCAUUUUCAUAACUACGUGAAAAUAUCUGGGAAUCUGCAUCCCUCUUGAAUACACAGUCAUGUACUUACAAAACUAUAAGUAUCAUUUUCAGUGAGAAAGUACUUUUAAACAAGAAAGAAAUUGUGCAUUACAGCUAAAGUUAGAAAUAUUUACAGUUACAAAUCUGAAGUUUAAAUUAAGAUUGUGAUUAAUAAAAAACAUUUAGUGAUUGAUUACUGAAGUGAUGUUACUCUUAACAUGUCAAAGGGAAUUCGCCUUUUGCUAUUUUUUUUUGCAGUAGAGGCAAGUGCUAUUCUCAUUUCUAUAAGAAUGCACUCAGAUACCAAUCUUUUGCAACAGUUAAGGAUUUGACUUGUAAAUUCAUAAGCAUUUAUGCACGGUUUAAGCAGAUGACUCAUAUAGGAGGCUAUAUAAAAUUACAUAUUUCAUUUAACUUUUUUUUUGUAAAUAAGUAUUUGUAGUUUUCAAAUGUUAAGUAAAACAGAUGUGCCAAUAUUAUAGGUAAAUAAAUCAGGGAAUGUGUGACAGGUAUAUGAUUCUUAAAUUAGCUAUUUUCAUAUUAUUAGUGUGUUUCUAUUCAAGUCUGACUUGACAUAAGAAAUGCAGUAUCAUAGAUUGUGUAGUACCUCUCAAACUUCAAACAUUUAAAAAAUUGUCUUGAAUUCUCUGGACAUACUCAUUUAAAUUAAUAGAGAUAUCAGAUCUCAGGGGGAAAUGAAUGGCAAAGUAAUGAUCAAGGGAUUUUAAUUCUGAGCUGUAGGCCUUUUUAUCACCUGCUGGUAGAGUCAUUCUCUUUGGUGCCUUUCAGUGGCCUGGAGGCUUCCUUUUCCUUCUCCAUGGGAGGAGGUAUAUUUACUUACUGAUGAGUUUCUUGUCAGGUGAAGACCAUUUCACAUUUGUUCGGUUACUCUUUGGUUGUCUUCAUUAACUCUUCAUUUCUAAUACCAACUGUAUUAAAUUGUUACAAAAAGAAAGGGAAGUAAAAUUGCACAUUUGAACCACAUGAUAAGAUGUAAACAGUGGCACCUGGCAAUGCAAAACCAAAAACCAAACCUGUUGCCAUUGAGUCGAUUCCAACUCAUAGUGACCCUAUAGGACAGAGUAGAACUGCCCCAUAGAGUUUUCAAGGAGCAUCUGGUGAAUUCUAACUGACGACCUUUUGGUUAGCAGCCGUUGGCACAAAGUUGCAAGAAUGCAUACAUAAUGAUGCCCUUGCGUUGCAUAGAUGUUGAAAAUUAAUUCAGAACACACUUGAAACAGUGUUAUAAACAGGUUCCAGAAUUGUUCCCCCAAACCCAAACCCAUUGCCAUCGAUUCCAAUUCAUAGUGACCUGUAGGACAGAGUAGAACUGCCCCAUAGGGUUUCCAAGGCCACAAUCUUGGAAAGAAAUUGCCACAUGUUUCUCCUGAGGAGAAGUUGGUGGGUUUGAGCUGCCGACCUUUUGGUUAGCAGGUGAGCGCUUAACCACUGUGCAACCAGGGCUCCUAACAGAGUUGUUUCAGGGUAAAAUUAGUUAUUUCAUUUGUUUGGUCUCUCUCUCUCUCUGUCUGUCUACCUGUCCCUGUCUCUCCCUCUUCCCUCCCUUGAACUUGCUAGAAUACUUGUUGUUUUGACAGAACUUUUCAAAGAUUGAGAAAAAGAUACCAUCCUGCGACGUUUACUAUAAUAUAGUCACAUAAAUGGAGGAGGAAAGACAGUUGGCUUCUGUGUUUGCAACGCUUAGUGGUGAGCAUGUUUUCUCCCCUAGGGAAUGACAGGUUUUAGAAGCUCAAGAUACUAAGCAAAGUUAAUAUAAAACCUGUUGCCGUCAAGUCGAUUUUGACUCAUAGCAACCCUGUAGGACAGAGUAAAACUGCCCCAUAGGGUUUCCAAGGAGCUGCUGGUUGAUACAAACUGCUGACCUUUUGGUUGGCAGGCGUGCUCUUAACCACUGUGCCACCAGUGCUCCAAAGUUAGUAUAAGCCACUAAAAUCUCAAGUACACUGCAUCCCCUCAAUAUGUAAUUGUGCAGAAGAAAGGUUAUUAUGCACCAGUGUAUGAAAAUAAUUCAUGAUCACUGAGUAGUUUAUAUUUUUCCACUUGUAUCAAAACAUUAAGUUCAUAACCAUGCAUUAGAAUGUGUGAUAACCAUAUUUUCCACCAUUUAACCUUAAAUAUGCUUUUACUAAUUUAUGAUUAGGGCACUGGGUCUAGACAUGUCCUGACCGAUCCCCACCCUCUUUCCUGAUCUUUUCUCGGUCUAACCAACACACAUUUAAGAGCAGUAGGUCAGGCUCCACUGUACUUCACUUUGAAAGAAGUGAUGUUUUCUCAGUAUGAAUUACAUAACCCGUAAAUUUCACUUCUUUAGCACCAUGUCCCAACUACCUUAGUUCAUGGGCCUCGCAUGGACACUAGAAAAUAAGUAAAAAGAAUUAGGUUUGAUGCACUCCAGUGUGCAUUUGAAAAACCUAAAGUAUCUUAUACUCAUCCUUCUCUGGCUGUGUAACAUGACAAUUGAGAAUAUAGAAAAAAUACCACAAAAGCAUAUAAUAUAAAUGUAGUAAGUUUUUAUGUAAUCAUAUAAAUAUGUAGAGAUACCCUUGAUCAGUUAAACUUAUUUUCCAUCCGAAAAAUCUUUUAUAAACCUCAUGUGUGUAAUAGUGCAGACUUUUAAUAAAACAAAAAAUCAUGAUCAGUAGGCUCAAUUUUAAUUACAAAGUAAGAAAGGAAAUAAUAUUUAUGGGUCAUGCAUUUUGUCUACAUAAUGCCUUUUAAUACUCAAGCCAAAGCCAUGGGUAGAGAUUAGUAUUAGCUUGAUAACACAGAUGAGUAAAACAAAAGAAAAAAUAGGUGUACAAAGAGCUUCAGCAAAUUACCCAAAGCUAAAGCCCCAGUACGUGACAGAACUAGAGCUAAAACUCAGGUUUGUCUAAAAUCAAAAAGAACCCUUAGGGUGUUCACAACCAUGCUGCCUCCCAAUAGAACCCACAGAAGGAAAGGUAGAUAGAAUACAGGUACAAAAAUUUAAACCCUAUGUGAUAAGCCAAUAGGUUUAUUUGUGAUUUGUGCCGUAUUUAGUGUUUAUUGUAGGGUGAAUUUGCUAUGACUUGAAUUUGUAAUUUUAAAUUGCCUGCUUUUCUAUCCAAUGCAAAUUAUCCCAAAUAAUGGUAGUAACCAUAAUUGUUUUAAUGUGACUUUUUUUUCACAUAAAAAUACUGACAUAUUUACAUGACUCAGGCAUAAUAUGUUUUUCCUGAGUUUGACUUUAAAAGGAAAAUGUUAUUUCUUUAUGAAUAAACAUUUCCCAUAUUGGUUGCUGUUUAUUAUAACUCAAAAAUUAAAAAAAAAAAAACUUACUAUGAAACAUUGGAGCUGUGGUGGCGCAGUGGCCAAGAGCUCAGGCUGCUAACCAAAAUGUCGGCCGUUUGAAUCCACCAGCCACUUAUUGAAAACCCUAUGGGGCAGUUCUGCUCCGUCCUGUAGGGUUGUUAGGAGUUGGGAUUGAUUCGAUGGCAGUGGGUUUGAUUUUGGUUUAUGAAACAUUAUAUUUAGAAUUUUAGUGAUCAUCUAAUUUAUAGGAUUAUCCUGAGCAACAAAAUAAAAUACCACGGAUGCGAAUGAUUGCGUUCAUCUAAAAAAAUAAACCAACUGCCUUUAAGUUGAUUCUGCUCAUGGCAACCUCAUGUGUUUCAGUGUAGUAGUGCACUCCAUAGGGUUCUUAAUGGCUGUGGUCUUUCAGAAGGAGAUCACCUCUGUGUGGGUUUGAAAUGCCAACCUUUUGGCUAGUAGCCAAGCACUUAACUGCUUGCACCACCUAGAAACUGCUUUGUUCAUCUACACGGUAUGUAUUUAUUUUCAUCAUUUAAUACAACCGAUCCCUACAUUCUAUCUCAUUUGUCAUGUUCCCUAAACAUCCCUAUUAUACCUCUGGUUUCUCUCCACCUGUUCUGUGGAAAUGAGUGCCAUUGCUUUUGUCCUCUCCCCCUCGACUGAAGUCCUUAGAAUAUUGUUCUCUUUACCUCUGUUUCACCUUAUACUCUUACACUGCACUAUUCUUCACAAAGUCAUCCAUGCUGCAUCUGGUCUUAUAUGUGAUAUACAGAAAUGGCCAUAUUCCUGGAGCCAACAGGAUACACUUUUGACCAUGGCCACUCAUCAUCACAAAAAAGGAAAAAGGGAACUCGUGUGGUCUGUAGGCUUGAGGUUUCCUGGAUGAGGAAGGUGCUCAUGUUCUACAAUAUUUUGUGUUAAUACGAGUCUUCUUUAUGCAUGAUAAAUAUAUAAUUGAAAGUGAUUUUAAAGAAUCUAAAGAAAAGAACCUUCUAGUCUUUGGCACUUAGUAUCUUGGAUGUUUCUAAUUUUCUUAAAGUGCCUUACAACUUUGAGAAACAAAGCUACAACCAAAUCAUAGCACCAUCACAUACCAUCUUUGGCUCUUUCAAUGCAGUAAAAUUACUGAUACAUCCUACCAAUCAGUUUUUAUACCAUAACAGUUGACAAUACCAAAUGGCAUCAAAACUACUGAGUUAAAAACUAAAAAUAUUGAUUUUACUCACUUCACUUUUUUUUUAGGUUUUGAUUUCUACAUAUCCAUGUGAAUGAUCUCAUGGGUGAAGAAUGCAAUUAAAACCUGAGGUCCAAUUUUUCUGUAGUCGUUGUAGUUAUAGUUACAUAAAAGUACUAAUUACAAUUUUUGCAUGAUAAAAAUCAUAACCCCUCUUUAUUGACUCAUUAAAAAAUGGAUAAUUUGCCAAACUCACUUCAUUUUUUAUAGCUGUGCUAUCAAUUUUUUGUACAUGCUAUAGAUUUUAGCUCUUUACAUGAUCCUACGAUCUGGUUUCUUGUAGUCUUAUGGUUUUCCUUUACUUUAUUUCACCUAUGUGCUUUUCAUGAAAGAAUUGUUAUAGCAAGAAUGAUUAUUUUAAAACCUCUGUCUUAAGAGGAAAUGAAUAUUGCAAAAAGAAAUUUGGAGCUUAAGGAAAUAUUUUAGACCAAAGUAUUUCUCUUAUCCUAAUCCCCUGCUGCUUUACUCUCUUCCUUUUUUUUUUCCUAUAAUUUUUUUUUUUAAUUAUUUCCCUUUUUCUGUUUUUCACAAUGUGUGGCUCAACUUCUUUAGCAUUUUUUCAUCUAAUUAGGGGCAUUUUUAUUCUAAAGUUUUUGUUUAUUUGAAACAUUUAUUGACACCCUAUUUGGAUGAGCUUCGUAUUUUCAGUCUUCAUCUUUAAUUGUUAAUAAGGUAAGUAAUAUUCAGGAAUAUUUCUGUAGGCAGUUUCUCAGUGAUCAUAAAUUCAUUACCAUUUCAGCGUUUUUUUUUUCUCUUCUCGUGGUAAAAAUGCUUUUUUGUUUCUUUGUUUUAAACUCAGAUAUGGCAAAAUAAGCUAGAGAAACUCUGUGAAAAUACUGGUACUCAACAUUAUAUUAAGGUGUAAGCUGGUUAAAAAAGUAUCCUGUUCAGGUGAACAAAAGAAUAGGAUUCUUACUUCACAUGAAUUUCAGGGUGGGAUUUUAAAACAUUCUUCUCACUGUAAGCCUUUCAUUCUUCUUCUUCUUUUUUUAAUGCAUCUAAGUUUAUUUCAGUUAUAUCCAUUUUAUAUAGCUUGUUCACUGAAGAAGUACAAGUUUUGGGUAUGCUAUUCAAUUAACUUUAUUUUUCUAUCACCUGCACUCUCAGUAUUUCUAGAUUUUGUGAGAAAGGACGUGUGAACUGAAAUGUUUAUUUCAGUGUGAGAUCAUUCACAUGGACAUUUAUUUCUGAACAUUAAAUAUAAUUGGAUUUUUAGUUAUAUUUUGUGCUAUAUUUAUAUAUCAAAAGGAAUAUUUAAUAAUUAAUUUCACCCUCCCAACCUUCUAAGUUUGUUGGAUAUCCUCAUUUUUACAGAAUAAAACUAAAAGAGUUAAGGGCUUUGCUUAAACAUGUACUCGUCCUCUUAAGUAAAUGCAGGAUUGGAAAUAGAACCUAGGUCUUUUGACUCCUAAUCCACUUUUUUCUCCAUGGCACUUUAUCAACCAUCCCAUUAAAAAAAAAAAAAAAAUUUUUUUUUUUUAAUUCUUAACAGCAAACUUUAUAGAAUGAAUAAAUUUUUCUGGAAAUACAUGUUCUAACCGUACUUGAUAAAUUUUUUAUAUCCAGAAUGAAUACAUUUCUUCAGACUGAAUUACACUUAGCUAAAAAAAAAAAAAAAAAAAAAAUUUUUUUUUUUUUUAAAGAAUGUUUGUGAACCUUAAUUUAGAGAAUAUUUGCCUGUUUUCACCUUAUAACCCACUCAAAGAUAUUUCCAGAAAUACAAAGUGGGAUCUACUUCUCAUAAAAAAACCUGCUAAUUAAAUGGAAUAAGGAAAGUAAAAUUUUCUCAGUUUUUCUAUUUUCCAUGGAAAAAAUUGCACUAGCCUAAUCUCAUAUAUUAAGUACAUGUGCACUAUAUACUGAGUGGAUAAAUUGUGCAAAUUGUUGCCAUAGCAAAACAUACGUAUAUAUAACUGUAUUAUUUUUCUUGAGAAAUAUAAUCCGGUUCUACAAAAAUCUGAAUAGAGUGAUCUCUCGGGAACUCAGUGGAAGCUCACUUUCUUGUCUAGACAUUGAAACACUGAAUUAUAUGCAAGAUAUGUAUACUUUUUAAUCUUUAAUAUUCAUGUCACUAGGAAUGAUUUUGUUAAGUAUUCACUUAACAAAAUUUCCCGAAUCCUCAAUACAUUAAGCACUUUGUGCUAAGCAUAAAAUAAGUUUGGAAAAUAAAAUCGAUCCAUAAAUAACCUGAUUGCCACAGCAGAUAAUUCUGGGAAAUCAGGGAAGAUAUUAACAAAUGGAAUGAAUGAUAUUGCACAAUAUAUGUUGUUAUAGCAAUAUCAAAGUCAUUAAAAACAUACUUCCCAAUAUUGUGUUUAUUGAAUUCAUUUGUCUGUAUUCCAUUGCUUAUUUUUUUGCCUAUUUUAUUUUAGAAGCAGCCUUCAUUUAUUUGUUACCUAAAAGUAGAGCGCAGAACGCACAAUAAUGUUUAAUUAUUAAAUCACCAUUAGUGUAACCUUGCGGAGAACACUCAUACAAUAUUUCUAGAUCUAAGAAUCUGAAUAUAAGUUAAUAAAAUUGUUACUACAGUCAGGUCUGUCUCAAAAUCUCUUGCUUUUUUGAUGGUAAUUUCACUCUUUUACACACUGCUAAACUCCACAACAAGUGUGUCUUGGCAAUACCAAAGCCAGAGCUUCUUUUAUCUUAGAAAUACCAUCAACCUCCGUGCCAUCUUCUAAAUGGAUAUUCUUUCUAGAUCUUUCCCUUUUGAUGUACUUCCAGGAAAAAAAUAAUGUCAUGUCUACAUAAAAGAUCCUUUUAUGUAGGGAAGGAAUAACUGCUACUAGGAAUUUACCCUAUAAAAGUGUAUAAGCAGUAAUCUGGACUCAGCAUUUGCCUGGUUCACCAACGAUGUUUACUCUAAAAACUUAAUUAAGCAUUUUGAUAGAUUGGUGUGUCACAGUAAAAAAUCUUAAUGAAUAGGGCCCUGAAUGUGUCUGCAGCAGUGAUGUGCCUGGUUAGGUUCACUGAACUUUCAUCCGUAUAUUAAGUUUGCAUUGUCAGUCUGACGGAGACCAAGCCUCAGCUGCUGCAGUGAGCGCAUCAACUAAAUAUCAGACGGCUUUUCUUAAUGAUAAAAAUGAGAAAGCACAUAAUCAGAUAUGAGUCAGCUAUAGAAAUUCCUCUAGUGAAGAUGGAAGAGCAUAGUGUUUCCAAAUAUUUGUCAAAAUCACUGAUAUUUGAUUUGGAACUUUUUAUUUAAAAACAAUCCUUUUAAACCAGUGUCUUGAUUAAGUAUUUUCUAGAAUGAAUAACUUUCCAUUUUGAGGAAUUUUUUGAAACAUUUUAUUCACUAGUUUUAUUCCUUCAGCAGAUAUUUCUUUCUCAUCACGUCCCAUUAUUAAAUUGGGGAAAAUGUUUUUGAAAAAGUAAGAUUUUGGGGGGUAAAGUUAUAAAUAAUAAAUUGUUGCUUAUAAGGUUGAUAAAAAAAAAAAAGAUAGAAGUCAUCUUUUUACAAGUUAGCCACUUCUGGCUAACUUUAGCAAAAAAUGCUUUAGGGAUAGAAUUUAGGCUUAACUGUGGAAUUUUUUUUUUUUUUAAGUGUGAAUUAUAGCUAAGGCUGUAUUUCUAUGAUUUUUAAGUGAAAAAACCAAAGUAUAGUUGAUUUGUUUGUUCUACAGCUAUGGCAAUGACAGCACUGAACAAAUAAUCGUAUUCUCACAAGGUCUGUCAGUUAAGGUUACCGCCAUAGUUGAAAGGAGGAGGAUAGUUUUGCUCGAUACCUAAGAUUAUCCAGUCAGGGUUUCUAUGUGACCUAAAUUAUAACUGUAUAUAUCUCAUUUUUUAAAUUAAUAAAAUAUAAAAUAGCUCAUCUAAAUACCUGUUAAUUUUAAAAACAUAAAUAGGAAUCCUUUUAUUUUUGCCUUUUUACAGGUGAAUGUUCUUAACAUUGUGAUUUGAUCUUGAGGAAUACUUGUUAUUUCUGCAAUUUGGCAUAAAAAAUGUGGAAAAAUUAACUGAAAAUGAAAGAACUGGCAUUUUCAUACAAAUGCAUCAUUUGUUGUUUGACUAAAUAUAAUGCAAAUGUAUUUAAAUCAGGGAUAUAUUAUGUUGAUCAUUUUUAAAUUGUAUUCAGUUCAGUAUGUUCCUAGUUCAUUUGUAAGCACUGAAUCACUUACAGCUUGAUUUUCCUUUAUAUUACAUUACAGUGUUAUACCGACAAUGUUUUAGAAAAUCUCUCUCCUGGCGGUUUCUAAGUAUCACUACCUAACAAAUAUGAAGCAAAAUAUUGGAUUCCUCUGUAGCCGUACAUAUUUUACUUACAGUUUUGAAUAUAUUUUGAAAUUCAUCUCUCUCUUACUAGACUGUGAGCUCCUUGUGACAAGGGUGUUUGUUACCUUGGUUAUAACAGCAACUUUAAUGCCCUGCAACAUGCCAGGUACAAAAUAAUUGCUUAGCUAUUGAAAUGAGUUAACGGAUCUAGAUUCUUAAACAAGCACUAUAGUAUUCUAUGAUGUAGACUGAGUGCAUAUUAGGGGAAUUCUUCAGAUAAUUUUCCAAGUCAGAUAUAGAAAACACCUACCUACAGCUUUUCUUUAUCUUAAAAUUGAUGCUCUGUUUUGAUGAUUUCAUUUUUGUCAUUCAAAUAUUGUAUGCAAAUCCUGAAAUAUGCAAAAGCUAAACUUCAUGGUACAUAUUAACCCAUUCCCGUGUACAUAUUAAGCUAGUUUAUCUU